AUGCAAAAACAAAGCAUUAAGGUUCUUGAAGCAGCUGCAAUGGCGUCACUGGUUUUAUGGUUGACCAUGGUAGACCCAUGCUAUGCAAUAAUAAACAAGAAUCAGCCAGCAGUUCUUCCACGUUUGAUUUUACCAUCGCUUGAUCACUCCGGUACACGCAGCCCUGGAAAUGGAUGCAAUCACAGUGAUAAUGGUGGAAACCAUUGCAUAACACCAGUCAACGGAAAGGCCUUUGCACGUCCUCAUGAGGGUGGAUCCGCCACCAACCGGAAAAUGAUGAGGCAGGCUAUUGGAGCUUCGGAUCAGAUCUGA